GAGCAGCAGCGUUCGUGUCUGUGACGCUUUGGUUUUUUUGUUGUUUUGUGACGGAGUUUGUUGUAGAAAAAGUUGGUGUCGUCGUGUGAAAAUGUCUAAAGUCCAAAUGCUGAGAGCGUUGGUGAAGCAGCGACUAACUGCGGCUGCUGAAGAGAUAUUUGGGCUGUUUGAAAGAACCAUAGCAGAGUACGAGGAGGAACUUUGUCGUUCUAAAGAGGAGAACCACCGACAGCGACACCUGCUGGACGCCGUCUUUAACCCGGACGUUCACUUACAGGCAGCAGAUGUUCAGCAGGUGUUGAAGGUUAAAGCAGAGGUUCCUCCUGAUCAGCAGGGCUGGAGCUCCAGUCUGGAUCAGGAGGAUCCAGAUCCAACAUAUGUUAAAGAGGAGCAGGAGGAGACAGAUGUCAUCAAGUUCACAUUGACUCAUGUCCAAGUGAAGAGUGAACAUGAAGAGAAACCUCAGUCCUCACAGCUUCAUCGCACACAGACUGAGGAAAGCAGAAACGUGGAGCUGAAAACUGAAUCUGAGGGAGAGGACUGCAGAGGAUCUGAACCAGAAACAAGCUCUGAACCAGAUGUUAAGCGGGUAUUGGCGGAUGAAGAAGAGAUUCAUCUCAAGCAGCAGGACGGGAGCUCCAGGCUGGACCAGGAUGAUCCAGAUCUUCCAUACAUCAAAGAGGAACAGGAGCAGGCAGAUAUUAUCAAGUUCACAUUAAAUCAUAUCCUUGUGAAGAGUGAAGAUGAUGAAGAGAAUCCUCAGUCCUCGCAGCUUCAUCAAAGACAAACUGGGAGAAACAAAGAGACAGAGCCUCGUGGCAGCACCUCAAAUGAGCACAUGAAAAGAGAUGCUGAUGGAGAGGACAGUGGAGGAUCCGAACCCGACACAAACUCACAGCCAGCAGACUGCCUGCUUAAUGAGCCUCAGGAUGCCACAGGAUUUUCAUCUUCUAAUGCUUGGAUCACUUCCAGUUCCAACUUUUGUUCUGCAGAUGUGCAGCAGCCAGCAGUGAAUCCUCCUGGUCAGCAGGAGUGGAGCUCCAGCAUGGACCCAGCUGAUCCAGUUCUUCCACACAUGAAAGAAGAGCAAGAACAAACUUCACUGACGUUCACAUUGACUCAAAACAAUCCUCGGUCGUCACAGCUUCGUCCAAGACAAAUUGAGAAGAGCCGAGAAGCAGAGCCUCAAACCAGCAGCUCAACCAAACACAUGAAAAUGGGAUCUGAUGGAGAGGACUAUGGAGGACCAGACCCAGCCACAGGCUCACAUCAAGGUAGAGGUUUUCAUCUCCAUACUGAUUGUGAGAUUUCAGACUCUUCUACACCUCAGACUGAUGGUGAUGAUGACUGGAAGGACAAAAGGGAACCUCAGUCAGGCUUUAACCUGCAAAAUAACUGUUUUCUCAGUAAUAAUGGGUGUCACGUUGAGAAACUACUAGGUUGCUCUGACUGUAGUGCAAGAUGUUCUCACAAGGACAACCUGAAAACACAGAAUUCAUACGAGAGAAAAAGUUUUCAGUUCCACAUAUUGUAAAAAACAUUUUAAAUGGAGUAAAAAUUGUAGGCAACACAUGAGAGAUAACUCGGAGGAGAAACCAGCAAACUGCAGUGUUUGGGACACAAGAAUCCUUGAUCCAUCUGGGAGCAUAAACAGAAAUCCUAAAUCAGACAGAAACUCAGAUACUGAUCGUCAUUUACAACCAGAAACUGUUGCUAAGACAGGUGAGUUUUCUGAUCCAGAGACCGAUAACAUUGAGGACUGGAAGGACACCAGAGACUCUCAGAUGGGUUUAAAUUCUCUGAAACAUAAUGAAAUGACUGUAGGUGAAAAUAGGAGUGACGAUGGCAGGAAACAGUUUAGCUGCUCAGAGUGCGGGAAACAAUUUGAGGCAAUAUACGGUUUAAGCAUCCACAUGAAAAGUCAUCAGGAAGAAAAACCUUUUGGCUGUUCAAAGUGUAAGAGACAUUUUGCAUAUAUAUCAUCUUUGGUAUUGCACAUGGAAACUCACACAACACAUGAACCCUUUAGCUGCUCAGUUUGUGGUCAAAUAUUUGACAAAAAACACCUUCUGAAGCAACACACAAAAGUGCACAUGGAAAAUAAAGCUUUUAGAUGUUCUGUUUGUGGUAAAGAAUUCAAUCUGAGUUCGUUUGCCAACCAUGUCAGGGCUCAUACUGGGGAGAAACCUUUCAGCUGCUCUGAUUGUAAGAGACAGUUUGCAUAUAAAUCAUCUUUGGAAUUGCACAUGAAAAGACACACAAUGCAGAAACGACUUGGAUACUCAGUUUGUGGUAAAACGUUUCAGCGAAAGUACCUUCUGAAGCAACACGCAGCAGUUCAUGUGGAAAAGGAACCGUUCAGUUUGCAGUGAAGGAUUCAGAAAGAAGGCACAUAUAAAUACUCACAUGAUGACUCACACUGGAGAGAAACUUUGUUACUGCCCCCACUGCAGUAAAAGGUUUAGGGACAAAUCGACCCUGAGAGAGACAUGUAGAGUCCACACAGGAGAAAAACUGAUUAGAUGCAGCCUCUGUGGAAAAAAAUGCAGCAGACGGCAAUAGCUGAAAAAAACAUAAAUGUGUUAAACUGAUGUGAGGUCUUUGUAAACCUGUUUCUUCUUCCUGUCUGUUAAUGACUGCUUCGGGUUCAUAUAAGAAUAAUCCACCUGCUUCCAGGGUGAGGGACACAAGUAUCCACUAAGUCAACAAUAUGGAUCAGAUGCAGAGCAAACUUGGUCUAUUCACUGAGAGUGCCAGUUUGCACCUCACUGUCACAAAUGAGUGAUUGGGGCACUUUUUAUUGAGAUAUGAUGCAAAAUGUACAUCAAAUGGCAUUUCAAUAUUAAAUUCAAAUGUUCACACAAUGAAUGAUAACACUAAAACUGUUGUGGUUGGGUGAAGCCAUUUAUUGUCAAACGGCUGUGGUUCCUCUUUUUAAACCAUAAUGACAACAGAAACUACCCAAAUGACCCUGAUCAAAGGUUUACACCCCCCUGUUCUUAACACAUUGUGUUGCCCCCUUCAACAGUCUUUUGUGGCCAUUGUGGUCGAGGCUCUCUGAUGGUGAAGCUGCCACUCAAUAUUUCUUGGACUUGAUUGACAUCAGUUAUGA